CCAACUUCCAAGUUUUGCAGCAAGCGAGAGAGGGAGCAAAUGGGGAGGGAGAGAGGGAGAGAUUUAUCGUUUUGAAUUUUCAAGAGAUCAUUUUUAUUAUAGUGGGCGUUUGGAAAGCAGCCUCUUAACAUUGCCCACAUUAGAGAGAGAGAGAGGGAGGGAGUGGAUAGGCAGAGAGAGGCACAGGCUGCUGCGAGAGAAGCCCGGAGAUUGCGCGCUGCGAAGCAUUUCCCAGCCUUGGGGGACUCACACUCUCACUCACUCUCUCACAUACGCACAUGGUCUCUUCCUUGCAAAGUUUCGCCUGCGAUUACUUCGGGACUUUCCUGCUCCGCUCCGGGCUGUAACCUUGAACUUUGGUAGCGUGGUGACAGUGCAACCACCGCCGCCGCCACCAACAUCUUAAAAAAGCAAACAACAAAAACCCUCCCGUCCACCUCCCCCACCCCCGAAAAAACCCUUCAUCCGAAAACCAGCAGCAGCAGAAGCAGCAAAAGCGAGACUCCUGCGCCGCCGACAACAAGAGGGUUAAAAGUGUAGAUUGGAUUUCACCCCGGGAAAUCUAGCACACGGAGUGAACUUGAAUCUUUGGCUAUUUAAGGAGGACUGGGGUUUGCUGUGAAGUUGUGGUGAUCCAGGGCAAAAUCCCGUCCUGAUAGAUCUCAUCUUCCUUGAGUUCUCAGAUGUCUAAAAUGAAUAGAUGAAAUUAUUCCCUUUUGAGGCUUUUCUUAGGGGCUCUCCGGGAAGUGUGUUCUCAAAGCGAAGUCAUGAUGUAUUCUCCCAUCUGUCUCACUCAGGAUGAAUUUCACCCGUUCAUUGAGGCACUUCUACCACAUGUCCGUGCAAUCGCUUAUACUUGGUUCAACCUUCAGGCUCGAAAACGCAAGUACUUUAAAAAACAUGAGAAGCGAAUGUCAAAGGAUGAGGAAAGAGCAGUCAAGGAUGAGCUACUUAGUGAAAAGCCUGAAAUUAAACAGAAGUGGGCAUCCAGGCUCCUCGCCAAACUGCGCAAAGAUAUCCGCCAAGAGUACCGGGAGGAUUUUGUGCUCACUGUUACUGGGAAGAAGCACCCAUGCUGUGUAUUGUCCAAUCCUGACCAGAAGGGUAAGAUUAGGAGAAUCGAUUGCCUGCGACAGGCUGACAAAGUCUGGCGUCUGGAUCUAGUCAUGGUGAUCCUGUUCAAAGGCAUCCCCUUGGAAAGUACGGAUGGAGAGCGACUCAUGAAAUCCCCACAUUGCACAAAUCCAGCACUUUGCGUCCAGCCACAUCACAUAACAGUAUCAGUCAAGGAGCUUGAUUUGUUUUUGGCAUACUACGUGCAGGAGCAAGAUUCUGGACAAUCAGGAAGUCCCAGCCACAAUGAUCCUGCCAAGAAUCCACCAGGGUACCUUGAGGAUAGUUUUGUAAAAUCUGGAGUCUUCAAUGUGUCAGAACUUGUGAGAGUGUCCAGAACGCCUAUUACCCAGGGAACUGGAGUGAACUUCCCGAUUGGAGAGCUUCCGAGCCAGCCAUACUACCAUGAUAUGAAUUCGGGUGUAAAUCUACAAAGGUCACUGUCCUCUCCACCAAUCAGCAAGAGACCCAAAACUAUCUCCAUAGAUGAAAAUAUGGAACCAAGCCCAACCGGAGACUUUUACCCCUCUCCAAAUUCACCAGCUGCUGGGAGUCGGACAUGGCAUGAAAGAGAUCAAGAUAAACAAAGAACUGGUGGAGAAACCCUUGAUUCAUUGUCUGAUAUGUCUUCUCCUACAAUGAAGAAGCCUGAGAAGCCUUUGUUUAGUCCCACAUCUCCUCAGGAUUCUUCACCGAGACUGAGCACUUUCCCCCAGCAUCACCAUCCAGGAAUCCCAGGAGUUGCACACAGUGUCAUCUCAACCAGAACUCCACCCCCACCUUCGCCAUUGCCAUUUCCAGCACAAGCUAUUCUCCCUCCUGCCCCGUCUAGCUACUUCUCUCAUCCAACGAUCAGGUAUCCUCCCCAUCUGAAUCCUCAGGAUACUCUGAAGAAUUAUGUACCUUCUUAUGACCCGUCCAGUCCACAGACGAGCCAGCCUAACAGCAGUGGUCAAGUAGUAGGGAAAGUGCCUGGUCAUUUUACUCCAGUUUUGGCACCCUCUCCCCAUCACAGUGCGGUGAGACCUGUGACUCUGACCAUGACAGAUACUAAACCCAUCACUACAUCCACUGAAGGUGAGGCAUCUUCACCUACAGCAACCACCUACACAGCCUCAGGCACAUCCCAAGCCAAUCGUUAUGUGGGACUAAGCCCAAGAGACCCAUCCUUCCUACACCAGCAACAGCUGAGGAUUUGUGACUGGACCAUGAAUCAAAACGGCAGGCAUUUAUACCCCAGUGCCAGUGAGGAUACAUUGGGAAUUACUUGGCAAAGUCCUGGUACCUGGGCUAGCUUGGUCCCUUUUCAAGUAUCAAACAGGACACCAAUCCUGCCGACAAAUGUCCAAAAUUAUGGUUUGAACAUAAUUGGAGAGCCUUUCCUUCAAGCAGAAACAAGCAACUGAGGGAAAAUGAAACAAAACAAAAAUUUAAAAGAAAAAAAGAAAGGAAGACAGGACAAAAAUGAAACUGAAGAAAGAAGAAAAAUAGACCAGCAAUUGCAGCAUUUACAAUCACUAAUUCCCUUAAGGUUGAAACUGUAAUGACAUAAAAAGGGUCGAUGAUAUUUCACUGAUGGGUAGAAUGCAGCCUCUGCUAAGUAGCCUUUGUUAUAUGAAGUCCGCUGGGAAAUAGAUGUUCUGUCUCUGACAAUAUAUUUUAACUGACUUUCUAGAUGCCUUAAUAUUUGCAUGAUAAGCUAGUUUUAUUGGUUUAGUAUUCUUGUUGUUUACGCAUGGGAUCACUAUUCCUAGUUAUCUCACAAAACAAAGGCUAGGCGGCAGCAACAGAGCUGCAAGAGGACGAGGGCUGUGAGACAGCCAUUUUCUCAACACUCUGAUUUCUAAAAGUUAAAAAAAAAAAACUCUGUAGCCUUUAGUUAUCAGUACAGAUUUAUUAAACUUUGGCCCUUAACCCAGCCUUUUCUAGCGUGUUACCUAGUUUGGAAUUUUCAAAGUCAGUAUGAACACAGGCUCUCUGGAAGAAAUGCCUCUCUGUAGGUAAAGAGUUAUCUCCUCUUGCAACAGUAAAAAAUAAUUCAUCUUUUUACCCACUAAAGAAAUACUUACAGAGGCAAGUGCAAUUUAAAAAUUAUAUCUAAAGGGGAACAUCAUUAUAAGUCCUUCAGCCCUUGGACUCUAAAUUGAGGGGAUUAAAAAAAAAGAAUUUAAAAUUACUUUGCGCAAAUUUAUUUUCCCCUCAGUUUUGAGGGCAUUAAAUCAAGACAAAUCAUGUCAUUGAGAAGAAGAAAUUAAUGGAAACACAGCACUUAUGUUGGUUUAGCUGCUGCCUCCAUAGAGGGGUAGGAUUUAUUUAUUUAAAGUUACUGGUUGCAUCAAUAACCCAUAGGGUGUAUGUAAAGUUCUAUAAAAUCUGCAUCAUAGAGACGAAGAAAAAGGCAAAUCCAUGUCACAAAGGCAAAGCUUACAGUUUACAGACUGGGAAUAGCAGGGUGGGGGGUAAAAUAUAUUUAAACAUGCACUCUUACAAAAAAAUAAGUCUAAUCACAGGGUGCUGAAAACUUGCAUGGUGCUUUCAGAAAUUAGCCUUGUUCAACACAUUUCUCAUAUUGACAGAACAGUAACGUGCAUGGGCAGACACAUUUUGCCUCUAUGUCUCUUAAAACUAAUUAAUUGAUUAAAAUACUCUUUCCAGUAAUCCUAAUUUGCACGAAGUUAUAAUGUCCACAUUACGUGCCUUGCCUUGAAAUCUUAAAAAAAAAAAAAAAAAAAAAGUGACAUCACUCUACUUGUUUUGCUGCAUUUAUUAUUUUAAAUCUUUACCAUUUUUAUGACAAAAUAUUUUGUACUCCAGAUGGGGGGGAAAAGUGUGACAUCAUGGAUUUUUUAGACAGUUAUACCUUUAUCUCACAUUUAUAAAGCAUAUCAUGGCUGUGUAUAGUUGCCGCUUAAAAAUUGUAAUCGACCAGCAAUAUUUUCAGUAUUUUGGUGUUUUUUCUAUUAACCUUUCAUGUUUUUCAUCUUCCAAUUAAUAUGGGGGGGGGGUUCAAAUUUAUACGAAUUAUGCAAUACCAAGUUUUGCCUAUGUAGGUAGUGCUUUUAGCUGUAUUGGUUAUUAUAGGUAAGUACACAGAUUUAAAAGAGAAAAAAAAAGAAUAAUGUAUGCUUUUUUUUGUUUGUUUGUUUUAAUUGACCAAAGUGGGUACUGCUAUUUUUGCAGUGUGAUGAGGUCCUUUUGUGUACUGAGAGAUGGACGGGGGAUUUUUUUUUAUACAUAUAUAUAUAUACAUAUAUAUAUAUUCUGGGGAGGGUGGGGAGGAUUUUUAACACUUUACAGUGUAGCUGUGAAGCAGUGCACCCUUAGCCAGGCAAGGGCUGCAAAGCGACUGUUCUGCCUACUGUGACAAAGUUUCAAAUAGGUUCCCUCUUUUUAACUUCCCACCUGGGGUGCAAGCUGAACUCAUUUCUGGAUUUAAAAAAAAAAAAAAAAGGAUUCUGUUGGAGGCAGACUUGACUUGAGGAAAUUGUUCUACUUUUUUAUUUCGAGAGGUCAAUACCCACACUGAGACUGAGUCUCUUUCAUUUUUUGGCAAAGAUAUGGUAUCCGAAAAUGUACCCUUUUAGAGGGUGUUUUUAGCUAGAAUGACAUGGAAACACACUGUCUUCUAUGAGAUGCAUGUACUGAGCCACAUUCUUUGGUGAUUUCAGUUGACUCCAAAGGAGUUACGCCAGCAAAGAAUUUGGAGCAUUAUAUUUAAAUGACUGGUGAAUACUCAUUUUCCCUAUGUCAAAGAGGUGGGGUCUUUUUUAGUUUAUUAACACACAACAUCUGACUUACAGGCAUCUACAUUAGCAAACAGAUGCGACAGGUUUAGAAUUUCUUCACAUACAAAAGGUCAGAUGGAAAGCUGCAGUUCUGUACUGUAACUUGAAUGGAAUUAGAAUACAAUGUAAAGAAAAGUUUAUUUCAAGUAAAGUAAAAUCUUACAGACUAGUGGGCCUAAUGCUGCAAACCUUACGUACAUAAAGACUCCACUUUACAGCUCAAUGUUCCCAUCAAUGCACACCCUUUAUUAGGUUGUGAAUGCAGGGGAAAAUAGACUGCUGAGCACUGAGCUCCCUGUGGGAUAACUGAGCCCAUAAAGACUGCUUCUAUUCUAGCUUUGUCUUGAAAUUUCCCAUUAUUGAUCUACCCCACUGGGAUGCAGCUCUAACAGUGGUAGCACAGCUGAGCAGUCUAGUGGCUACUAGGUGUUGGCAUUUUUACUACUGUGUCAUCCAACCCUGCUCCGAGCAAGUCCAGAUGACAAUAUAGCUAAAACCAGUGGCAGCUGCCAGGACCUUGUCUCCACUAGUGCUCCCACCAUCAUUGCUAUCUCCAUUGGAGCUGUAUCAGUGGGACGUGUUAUGAGAAAGCUGUGUAGGCAAGGCCUAAAAGGCAACAGAGAGAGAAAAUAGAAAA